UGUUGAAGUUCUUAAAUGAAAUCAUUGCUCUUUAUAGGCUCUAGUAGCACCAUACAUAUAGUCAUAGUAUGGCUCUUCGAUGGUUUCUCCUUCUUAGCCUCAUUGGAAGUAUUCUACUUGUUGAUGUUACUCAGUCAGCUGCUCAGGAUGCCCGAAAGACUUAUAUUGUGUAUAUGGGUGACAAGCCAAAGAACGGGGUGCCAGUAACACCUGAUUUUCAUGUGAAUAUUCUAAGAGACGUAGUUGACAGCAGCAUUAAUAAUGAUAUUGCACAUGAAUCUCUGCUUCUUCAUAGCUACAAGAGAAGUUUCCAUGGUUUUGCUGCAAUGCUCACUGAACAAGAAGCACAAAAACUGGCUGGAAUGGAGGGUGUAGUGUCUGUCUUCCCAAGCAAAAAGAGGAGCAUCAAAACAACAAAGUCACUGUGUUCGCUUGGCAAUCGAAUGUGUUAAAAUAUAUCAUCACUUGAACGUAUAUAUAUGUUCUGCCAAGAUCUACCACUAGUGUAUAUGUAAAUAACUUCAUAUAAUUAUGUGCGUACUCAAAAGAUGUUUUUAUUUAAUUAAUAGUACGUAUACAUAUAAAUCAACAAA